AUGCCACUUCUGCGUGGCUCGUCGUCGCCCGAGCAGCGUUGUCAGCAUCCGACUCACAUGCCUUUGCACCUAUUCUUCUACUCACCGCUCUCACCAACAAGUUGCCUACGAGAGGACACCAGUCGUGGCUCGAGGUCCCGUCGACCAUCACUACCCGUAAUCCAGCAACAAGCUGUUCUGACCGCUAUACCGAGCACAUCGACGGCUCGAACGAUGAGCAGUGUGGGCCACACGAAGACACGACGUCCUUCUCUCGUCGAAUUCCACGAUGCGAUGCACUACCACGGCAUGGACAUUGAAGGACCAGCAUACAUGGUUGCUCACUUUCCGGACUGCGACAAUGCUUCCGAGAAGAUUCCAGUCGAGCCGGGUUUGAAGCUCUACCAAGUGUUCGAAGAGCCGUUACGCGCCCGUGGGCUCAAUGUGAACGACGUCGAGAUUUUUAUCGAACGAAGCUCGUCUGCCAUUCCCGAAAACGCUGACGUACGAUUUUUGGCCGGCAGGAGCGUGAUUGUUCGAGGACGACCAGGAAUGAGAGUGGGUCGCCACACUCGCGCCACGCUCUCGAUGGACGAGGCGGGGGCCAGCGAGCGGCCGAGCCGAAAGAUGAGCGCCGACGCCGUCAGCAGGAAGAGCUCGUUUGUUCAUUCGAGAGUGAUGCAAAAAGCGCGGCAGGAGUAUCGUGUGCAUUCAACCGAGGACGUCGACGGCAGGGGCAGUGAUAGCUCUUUGAGGGAUUCUGCAAUGGAUGAGCCUUCGUGCUCACUGGCAGCCGAUGACGGAGGCACACGUAGAGCUCGUUCAGUAACUUCCAGUCGAAUAAGCUUAUUCUUCGCUAAGGAGAAGGAAAUGCUGAACAAAUUGAACGAAAUGAAAGAAAGAACGGAACCAAUGACUAGCAUAAUUCCGGAAAUCGAAAACCAUUGGACCGAUAUAGUCAGCGACCGUGGGUCCUUAACCCGAAGACACGUAGAUCAGCAAGAAGCUAUAUGGGAAAUUGUCACUACUGAAUAUCGUUAUAUACAGGUGCUGAAAAAUAUGCAUGACUUAUCCUGCUACUUUAUCGAGCUGCAAAAGAUGGGCUACUUCAAGGAGAUCAGCGUGGCAAGGGUGUUCUUAAACUAUUCCGAACUUUUCACUGUCAAUGUGAUUUUUUGGCGCCGAGCUAUUCAACCGCUUUUGGACGCUUCAAGGCAAUCCCGGAAGCCCUUCGAUCCUGUUAUGCUGUUGAAUGGCUUCGAGGACAUCAGUGAAUGGUCCAAAUGCUAUAUUCCCUUCAACCUAGGUCACGAUGAUAGCCACACUUAUGUUCAGAAGAAACAAAAAGACAAUGAGAUGUUCCGCGAAUUUGUACAUUGGGCUGAAUCGCAGGAAUCUAUGCGACGACAAAAGCUCUGCGACACUCUGACCAGUCCUAUGCAAAGGUUGACUAGAUACAGCCUUUUGCUCAAGGCUGUACUAUCCAAUUCGACCGACGAUCGCGAGCGCCUGAUAAUCCAGACGAUGAUUGACAGAACUGAUGCGGCAACUCAGCAGCUCAACUUUGAACUGAACAAUAAUGAUUUACGAUUACAAAUGGCAGAAAUUAUGAAAAGCAUCGAUGGAUACGAUGCUGUUGAUUCCGAGGAAUUUGAGAAGUUAUUCCCAAGCCGUCGCACCACGCUGGAUCUGAUGGCACCGAUGCCACUCCUUCCCGGUCCGCCCCAGUUUCGUCGUGUUAUCCAUCGAGGUAACCUGAAGGUGCGGGAGAGCCGGCAGGGUCCAAAGGUCGAAAUGCAUUGUCUUCUGUUCACUGACAUGCUUUUACUAUGUAAAACAUCAACGAAACGAACGGACAAAGGAUUGCGGGUGGCUCGCCCUCCUAUUCAUAUAGCCCAUAUGAUUUACCAUCCAUUCAACGACGCAAGUGGAUUCUUCAUCAUUUGCAUGAAUGAAUUCGAUGCACCAUCCAGUAUUUACUUGAUGCAUACAACUGAUGAAAAAGAGACUAGGAGGUGGUUGGAAAUGAUUAACAUCACCAGCAAUGAGUUCAAAAGACUUCAAGGUAGACAAAGUGAAUUUGAUGGCCCACUCUACGACCUGAGGAAAGGACCCCCAUGGCAACAAAAUUCAUCUAGUAACUUAAAUACUGGCAUAGUACAUCGAAAGAGCAGCAGCAUGGAUUCGCAGGUGGUCGCCGCUCAUGCCCAUAUGAACCAUAUGCACCGAGCAGCCACCGUAUCCUCUACGGAACAGCUGGAUAGGAACCCCGAACGGAUCGAAUCACCAAGCCGUCUUCCACCCAUGCAUAAACUGAGCAUUGCCAGCUACCCACUAUGUGGCAGCAAAAGCAGUGUCGAUCUUCAUUUAAAUCUUGGUGCAGAGCCCUCCUCUACCUCGGCAGUAGAGCGACCGUUUCUGACACGAUCACUGUCAAAUUCUUCAGAGCCUGAGGCAGAUGGUAAAUUGUCGAGAAGUCCUUCACCUCGAAGGAAAGAGACCGCUAAAUCCGACAUUGUACCACUUCCGGAGGAACUCAACGGUAUAACAGUGACUCCUACCGCCGAGGAAGAGCUCACACAACCGCAGGGCAGACGAUUUGAGAAGCGAUACCACACAGCUGACGGCAUCGAUGUGCUGAAGCCGAAAGGAGCAGUGCUGCAAGGCGGCAUUCUCAAACGAUUCUCUUGGAAUGUAAGCUCCGCUGUUGGAGCCAGUAGUCGUAAAAUUUCUGCUAGAUUAGGAGAACAUAGCCGCAGACAUUCUCAAGCAUCAACAGCUGCGUCAUCCGAAUCGUUCGGAAGUUCGACAUCGGGAAUUUCUUCCUCAUCAUCUCAUGCCGAUCCAGAGUGCUUGAAGACGCAUAUCUCGACUAUCGCCGUAAAUGACGAAGAUGCGUCCACGACCGCUACCGUAAACAUCAGUCUCGACGUGCCAGAGGAGCGUAGCGAUACAAUCACGACGCCUUGUGCACUACAGCCGGUGCUAAUCACUCCUCCUUUGCCUAACAUCCCACCGCCACCUGCCGUCGAUCAUGUGCCGAAACAUCAGGACUUAUUGAGAUUUAUCAUGGAAAAUCACCUGGAAACCUCAGACGUGUAAUUGGAGGAAUCCAGCCACUCCUUUUUAUCUCUCUCACUCUUGCUCAGUGACAUGCCAAAGCUACAGUAUUGCUUUUAUUUGUACGCAUUGUUCUCUUUUUCGAAUGCAAUUUUGUUGCAGCUGUAUUUUCGAUAUGUUAUUCAGAU